CAGCGAGCUGAACAUGGGGUGUGUCCACUGUGUCACCACACCUCUGUGGAAGAGCUGGGUGUAACAUGUGAACUGGACUUGUCACAGCUGAAGAGAACUUCAUAUACAAGAAUUUAAAGGAGCGAUUUACAUCGAUUUUACUGAACAUCGCAACAGAGCUGGCACGGGUGUUUAUUUUCCGACCCCACCUUCCGGCUGGAGAGAUUAUUUGCACUAAAUUCUUGGAAACGUCAUCAGACUAAGAGCAAGUGACUCCAGCAGGGGUGAAACAUCACCACCAGCAAACUGAACUCCCGUUAGCACAAGGAGGACCAAGAAAAGAGGACUUAACUGCUCAAAACUGCGAGUUGCGCUCGUUUCUGCUCUGCGUUUGGACCCAGCGCUGCGCCCUGAAGAGCGAGGAAUCACUGAAGCAGCAUGUCCAGAUCUGACUUCCCUCCGGGCUAUGAUGAGUCCGGGCUGCUCCACAACCCUCAGGCUGGGGGUGCAUAUCCUUCCGCGCCCCCGCCGGCCUAUGGCUUCUCUCCGUAUGGGGGUCAACCACAGCCCCAGCCUGCCGGCUACCCUGGAGCUCCCUACUCCCACCCAUCUGCGCCUUACCCUGGUCAGCCAGGCCCUUACCCUGGUCAGCCAGGCCCUUACUCUGGUCAGCCAGGGCAACCAGGCCAAGGAUACCCACCACCAAUGCCGCCCAUAAUGCCAGUCAUGCCCAUCCCAGGUCAAGAUGAUGAAGGAUUCACAACGUCACCAGGAUGGGAAAGCAUGAGCAUUCGGCACACUUUUAUUCGCAAAGUGUACAUGAUCCUCGCUGCCCAGCUCCUCGUCACCGUCGCCAUCGUGGCUGUUUUCACAUUUGUAGAACCUGUGCGUAACUUUGUCUCAAGAAAUCCAGCAAUCUACUGGGCUUCGUAUGCGGUCUACUUUAUCACACAUAUCGUGCUGGUCUGCUGUAAGGGACCCAGGAGACGUUUUCCAUGGAACCUUCUCCUGCUGGCCAUUUUUACUUUGGCCAUGUCCUAUAUGACCGGGACGAUAUCGAGUUACUAUAACACUAAGGCUGUGUUCCUGGCUCUGGGGAUUACAGUGAUUGUCUGCAUUGCUGUAACUGUCUUCUGCUUCCAGACUAAGGUGGAUUUCACCAAAUGCGGAGGUCUUUUCUGCGUGCUUGGAAUCGUCGUGUUUGUGACCGGCAUCAUCACUGCUAUCGUGCUGUCAUUCAAAUAUAUCCCCUGGCUUCAUAUGCUCUACGCUGCCAUUGGAGCCAUCGUAUUCACACUGUUUCUGGCCUACCACACCCAGCUUCUUAUUGGGAACAGAAAGCACUCUAUCAGUCCCGAGGAGUAUGUUUUUGCUGCUCUCUCCAUUUACGUCGACAUCAUCCAGAUUUUCCUGUUCCUCCUGCAGAUUAUUGGAGCCUCGCAGCGAUAAGACUUCCUACUGAGCUCCAGCAGACAUUUAUAGCUCAAACAUUUGUGUACUAUGCACUUUUGUCUAUUUUCAGUAAUCAUGUACUCACUAAUUAUAUGAACAAGUUAUGAGAUAUUAGUCAAGAUGUUGAGGGUUUGCUUAAAGGCAACUUUUUUAUCUUUGUAGAGAACGAAGUAUUUACAUUUUGGUCAAAUGCUCUUCAACAGCCUCUGUUCAGGCUGCUACACAGACAAAAAAAAUAUUUACAUAAUCAAGGAGGAUUUUGUGUGUAGAGGUGUUUUUACUAUUUAAAGUUAUGUAUCAUCACUGUUGGAACAAAACAAAGUAAGUUUAUCAAAGUAAGUUUGGGCCGUUUCUUUUAGUCCAUUCGUAUAUAUAUAU